AUGAGUUUGAUCGGCAUCAAAAUCUGCACCAAUUCAGCCAAUCCCGACAAUGACCAAGACUCAAAUAAUAAAUUUCAAAGAACUUCAAAAUAUUCAAUGUCAAAACUAAAAAUUUCUAAUAAAACAAGAACAACUGAAACUGAAACACAAUUAUUCGAUACAAGAAAUGAUGAAAAAAAUGUAGAAGAAUUUCAAUAUUUAGUUGGAAAUCGUCAGAUGGCAGAAUUUCCAGUUGCAAUGUCAUUAAUUGCCAGCAUUAUUUCAGGAGUUUCAUUAAUUGGGUUAUCAACAGAAAUUUAUUUAUAUGGAAUUCUGUAUGUGUAUACAAUCCCUACUAUUAUUUUGGCGGCUAGCGUUUGUUGGUAUAUAUUUUUACCAAUAUUUUGUAAUUUGAAUUUAACUUCGAUAUAUGAGUAUUUUGAGAUGCGUUUCAAUAAAAAAAUUCGAUUGUUCGGAUCAUUUGUAAAUUUUAUUGGAAUUUUAUUUUGGAUGCCAAUGGUAAUUUACAUGCCUGGUUUAGUAAUGAAUCAAUUUAUCGGUAUUAAUAUACAUUUAUUUUCUGGAAUUAUUAGUUUAAUAUGUGUGUUUUAUACUUGCCUGGGUGGUAUUCAAACUGUAAUUUGGACGGAUUUUUUUCAAAGUUUUAUAAUGCUAGCAUCUAUAGGUUUAAUUAUGAUAAAAGGCAUUGUAAAAGUAGGAGGUUUACAGAGAAUAAUUGAUAUUAAUUAUGAUGGCGAUAGAAUUGAAUUACCGCGAAUAUUUAUAGAUCCGUACACUCGUUAUUCACUGUCAGCCAUUUUAAUUGGCGGUACCGUAUCAUGGAUAGAAGGAACUUGUUGUGGACAAGUUAUGAUGCAACGAUUUUUAUCAGUUUCAUCAGUUAAAAAAGCAAGAAAAGUUCUUAUUUAUUACAUUACCGGCAUUAGUCUAUUACUUGGUGUAUGCGUUUUUAAUGGAUUAAUUUUAUAUGCAUAUUAUCAUAAUUGUGACCCAUUAACAACUAAAUUAGCAGAAAUUAAGGAUCAAUUAUUACCAUUAUUUAUAAUGGAAAUAUUUCAUAAAACACCUGGGAUAAAUGGUUUGUUUAUAGGAGGAAUAAUGAGUGCUGCAUUAAGUACACUUUCAACUGGUCUAAAUUCAUUAGCGGCAAUAUUUCUUGAAGAUUUUCUGAAAUCAUAUUAUUCGAAAUCAUUGUCAAAUUAUCAAACAAAACUAAUCUUAAAAUUAACCAUUUUGGGUGCCAUUUGUGGAGGACCACUUUUUGGUUUAUUUCUGGCAGGAGUUUUAAUGCCUUGGAUUAAUUCAUCGAGUGCAUUAACUGGAUGCUCAUUUGCAUUCAUUUUAAUAUCAUGGAUAUGCAUUAGAUCUCAAAUUUUAGAGGGAAAUUCGAUUUAUAUUCAAAAACCUGUCUCAAUUACUGAAUGUAACUAUACUUUUAUUUUAAAUGUAAAUCAAACAGCGCUGAUCCAUGAACUCAAAGAAUCUGGCAAUCAAAGUAUCUCAUAUUUAUGGUAUUGUCCACUUGGAGCUUUCGUAACAAUAUUGGUAGCAAAUUUGGCCUCAAUAUAUUUUGGACAUAUUUGCAGAAAGAACUGGGAUAAAAGAUUAAUAGCUUCUUUUUUAUGGAAAUUAAUUCCGGAGGACAGAACAAUGGAAAACUGCACUGAAAUGAGUUAA